AACCCCAACCUGAAGUCCGGACAGGAUAUCGACCAUCUGAUUAUGGGCAUGACCUCGCAGAUCGCAGAGAGAGAGGACAACGUCAUCGUGGAAGACUUAAGAGAUUAUAUGUACGGGCCUCUGCGUUUCUCGCGGUCGGACUUGGUGGCUCUGACGGUGCAGAGAGGCCGAGACUUUGGCUUGCCCAGCUACAACCAGGUCAGAGAGGGGCUGGGCCUGGCCCCUGUGGGGAGUUGGGGAGACGUAAACCCUCAGCUCAACACCACCAACCCACAGCUAUUCAGGGACCUUGCAGACCUGUACCAUGGGGACAUUUCUAAACUGGAGCUGUUUCCUGGAGGUCUCCUAGAGUCUGUGGACGGUCCUGGUCAGGUCUUCACCACUAUCAUACGGGACCAGUUUAACCGCAUCAGGAAUGGAGACCGCUUCUGGUUCGAGAACACACAGAACGGUCUGUUCACAGCUGAAGAGCUGCAGGCCAUUCGCAACACAACCUUUCAUGACGUCAUUACAGCGGUCACCGGCGCGGAGGCUGAGGACAUACAGAGAAGAGUCUUCUUCUGGAAGGAUGGUGACCCUUGUCCCCAGCCCUCUCAGGUCACGACCUCUGAGCUCCACCCCUGCACCAACGCCACCAAGCUCAACUACUUUGACGCGGGGAGUAAAGCUGGCUUCGGCAUCCUAGUCAUCUGCCUGUUCCUCUUUCCCGUUGUGAGCUUCCUCAUGGCUCUUGUCGUGGCCCACUUCAGAAAGUCCAAGUUUAAGAAGUUCCAGAAGAGAGGAGGAGCUGACGACACAACGAAGGAACUCCUGCUGGAAUCACAG